UCUGUCGGCAGAAACGAUCGCCCUUCAAGACAUGAGCAAGCAAAUGUUCGCGACCACCGGCUAUUACAAGGCGACUUUGGUGGCGAUAAAGAAAGUAAAUAAGAGCAAAAUAGAAUUAAACCGAAGCUUACUCAUGGAAUUUAAAGAGGAUAUACUAGAGAACGAACAAAUAAAGUUGGACUGGGUAUUUCGUUACUCCCUCAUGCACGACAUAGUGAAAGGAAUGCAUUUCCUGCACAGCAGUGAAAUACGUUCCCAUGGCAACCUUAAGUCUUCCAAUUGCGUAGUGGAUAGUCGGUUUGUGCUCAAAAUCACAGAUUUUGGCCUGUACUCCAUGCGUUACAAUGACGAUGAGGAGGAGGAAGACAACUACAGGUUUUACAGGCGUAAGAUGUGGACUGCUCCCGAGCUGCUCAGGAUGACAACGCCAUUACCCACAGGGACCCCAAAAGGAGACGUUUACUCAUUCGCUAUCAUCCUUCAGGAAAUUGUAAUGAGGCAAGGUCCAUUCUACAUUCCAGACACGAACCUCGGUCCCAAAGAUAUUGUCGACCGUGUUCGAGCAGGGCAAACAUCGCCACCAUUCCGGCCGUACAUCGACGACAACGAGGUCGACGAUGACGUACACAGACUGAGCAUGCGCUGUUGGGCCGAGGAUCCAGCCGAGAGACCAGACUUUGGCGCCAUUAAGCAGAUCAUGCGAAAGCUCAACAAGGGAAGCGAGAGCGGCAACAUUCUAGACAAUUUGCUAUCACGAAUGGAGCAGUACGCAAACAAUCUCGAAUUUCUAGUAGAGUCAAGGACGGCGGACUACCUCGAGCAAAAACGCAAAGCUGAGGAUCUGCUUUAUCAGCUUUUGCCAAAAUCCGUCGCGACGAAUAUAAUAGCCGGUCGGCCAUUAGUCGCCGAGUCGUUCGACAGCGUCACGAUCUACUUCAGUGACAUCGUCGGAUUUACAGCGAUGAGCGCCGCCAGCACUCCCAUGCAGGUCGUCGACCUGCUUAACGACCUCUAUACUUGCUUCGACUCCAUCAUUGAGCAUUUCGACGUAUAUAAGGUAGAGACGAUCGGAGACGCAUACAUGGUCGUGUCGGGUUUGCCGGUCCCUAAUGGCGUCUUUCACGCGAGGGAAAUAGCGAGAAUGUCACUUGCCCUUCUAAAAGCUGUGGUGACAUUCAAAAUUCGACACAGACCCGAGGAGCAGUUAAAGCUGCGCAUAGGCAUGCAUACGGGCCCGUGCGUGGCUGGAGUCGUCGGAUUGAAGAUGCCUCGCUACUGUCUGUUCGGUGAUACGGUGAACACGGCGUCCAGAAUGGAAUCCAACGGACAGCCUCUGAAGGUGCACGUGAGCCCAGACACAGAGGCGAUUCUUCGUAUAUUUAACACGUUCAGACUCGAGUGCCGCGGUGAUAUUGAGAUGAAGGGAAAAGGCGUAGUGCGAACGUACUGGCUGUUGGGGGAAAAACCAUCGAACGUGGCGCCACCGCGCGACGGCGAAGGAGGUGAAGAAAGCGCGCCAGCACCGACGUUAGCGACAUCUGUCGACGUCCACCGAAAUCGCAAUUCAUGCCGCAAUACGUCGUUGAAAAACGAGAUGAAACCAGAGCAUUCCGAGCCAGUGAUUACAAGAAGCAGCUCACAGAGUUCUCAGCUUUCGAACACCUUCUGCCCAAGCGCCACGACGUACACGAAUCAGCUGCCCCGGCUAGAACCAAGUCAAAAUGAUUCGUAUAGUGACAUUCCGUUAUAUAGAGAUUCCUUACCUAGCGGGGCUAUAUACAGAAGCGUGAAUACGUAAAGCAGAGCGGGUGAUGUGCAUGACUCGGGGGAACGCAUUUCCAACAUUUUUAAAUGGCAUUUAACGAAACCAUUCGUAGUCAAGCAUGUAUUAGUGAAGACUGGACAGUCUUGCUGUCCUAACCAACUUGUAAAUAUAAUUAAAGUCCGUGUUUCGUCGACUCAGACGGAUUUUGGUGCGCUUUACAUAUAUUUCACAUUUUUUCGUUAACUGUGUAAGCUAUCGUUUAUGUUGCAACCAUCUUAUAAAUAUAAUACUAUAAUCAUAAAGCCGGCGAAACAUCAUUAUAUAGAUCUGACAUAUUUGAUAUUACUGUGACAGGAACCACAUGGGCGUUUUAAGCUGGUGGUUUACUGCAAAUCAGCUAGUUUCUCAUAUAGUUUAUGCCAUAUGUCAUAUGCUUGCAGUAAUACAUAUUACGAUUUGCUCAUAGGAAAUAUUUUCACUUACUAUAAGAACACGGUAAUCAAACUUGUAAAAUUAACUACUAUGCCAUUAUAAUAUAGCUAUAAUCUAUAUGAACUGUAAACGUAAUGUGUCAACAGUUGUUAGUAAGAUGUGUCUUCAAUAAAGAGAAGGCGAAUUCAACGCUACCCUGUUGUACAUAUUGAUUUGAAUAUAGAUCCAGUGAUUAAAGCUGCUUCAGAUUAUACUUCAUAAUAAAAGUCGUUGUCGCAAAUAAUUUAGUAUUAAUUUUAAACAUGAAUUUUGCUAUUUUUACUACGAGAUUUUGGUUGUGACCG